AUGCCCUCGGCACCAACGCCACCCUCCAACUGCUCGCCAUCCUUUUUUCAAACAGAACUGGAGUGCGCGCUUUCCGAGCAGGCGUUUGGAAUUGUUGGCUAUUUUUUGAAGUCAGCAACUGCACACGACGCAACCGCGUCUGUCGAGUUGCUCGAAGGGGUGCAACUAGAUAUCACUCUUACCGUUCGCGGAUUCCGGGUUACACGCUCACCAACACAGAAUGUUGUUGGAGAUGUCGUCGACUUUGAGACAAUUGAAGUCCUCCUUCAACGCUACAGCCCAUUGUAUGAGGCCAAGCGAAUGGAGCUCUUGUUCACAAGACUGGGACCUUAA